CGUAACAUUUGCGAGCAUAUUACUCGAAGAAAAUAUAUUUUAUUUUGAGAUAUUUUAAUAUUUUAAUUAUAAUAUUUUAAUUUUUACCAUUUAAUCCUUGAAACACCCUUUAUAUUUACUACUGUAAUCAUUGUAACCUUCCUCUAUUUUUGAUAACAGUCGCCAUAUGGCUAUCCUGUACGCUAGGGUUCCUCAAUACAACUCAUAUGUUUAUACGUGUGUUAACUAACCUAUUAAUGUUACAUGUGAACUAAACUUAUUCCAAGUCGUUCUUUAGGAUAUGAAUACUGAAUACGAUUAUCUGCUGAAGUUGCUUCUCAUCGGCGAUUCCGGAGUCGGUAAGUCAUGCUUGCUCCUCAGAUUCGCGGAUGACACCUAUUCCGAAUCUUAUAUCAGUACAAUCGGAGUCGACUUCAAGAUUCGUACGAUCGAACUCGAGGGAAAGACUAUCAAACUUCAGAUCUGGGACACUGCCGGCCAAGAACGGUUUCGCACUAUAACUUCGAGUUACUACCGAGGAGCCCAUGGGAUCAUCGUCGUCUACGAUUGCACUGAUAGAGUAUCCUUUGAGAACCUUAAAGUUUGGAUGGAAGAGAUACAGAGGUUCGCGUCGCCCGAUGUGAACAAACUGCUAGUAGGUAACAAAGUGGAUCUGUCCGAUAAGAGGCAAGUUAGCGAGGAGGAGGCGGCGGAACUGGCGGCGAAGUAUAAGAUACCGUUCAUGGAGACGUCUGCGAAGAGCGGCAAUAACGUGGAGAACUCUUUUAUGAAGAUGGCUGGCGAGAUCAAGAAGAGGAUAGGACCUCCCAGCGUGGAAGGGGACAAGCCCCAGGUCAAGAUCAAGCCCGGGGCAAGCGUCAACAAACCCCCUGAUUCUGGCUGCUGUGGAUAAAGUUUUCUUUCUUUAAUGUGUCCAUUUUUUAUUAUUUAUACUAAUUUUAUUUUCCUAUAACCUGUACAUAGUUCCGCAUUUGUGCCAUGGUUACAAGUAAUAAAGCAUUCCAUAAAUGUCAAUGUUAACCUUCAUUAUUUAAAU